AUGUUGCUACGAAAGUUGAGAUAUGGGAACUUAAAAGCUCUUUAUGCCAUUCAAGGCAUGUUCUCCAUCAGUAAUCUUAACGCCCAGAUUACAAGUUAUUAUUGUCACAGCAUGGUAUUUCAUCAAUCAGCUAACAACGCAUUGGAAGUAGUGCCUGGAAAUAUCUAUCCAUGUCAAUCUUUUUCAACCAUAGUCAGUACAAUCCUGGUCCAAGCUAGAGACCCUGCUAAGCUAAGUGAGGAGUUACAAAAUGCACUCGAUGAACAUAAACUUAAUGAAGCUUGGAACUUACAUGAACAACACAUGAACAUGGAAGGGUUUCCCAGAAAAUCUGUUGUCAACAAGCUUCUCACAACUUCUUCCCAAAGUCUACAACUUCAUCUACCUGUUCAUGCUGCAACUGUUUUAAGAAAGCUAGUAGAAACCCAACAGUUUCCUCCUGUCACUGCUUGGUCUGCUAUAUUAGCACAUAUGUCACUAACUCCUUCUGGUGCUUAUCUGGCAGCUGAAUUGGUUCUUGAGAUUGGUUUUCUGUUUCAAGAUGGAAGAGUGGACCCACGUAAAAAGAUCAAUGAAGAACUCAUUGCUAUGAAGCCCAAUACAACUGCUGUAAACAUUGCUUUAGGGGGUUGUCUUUUGUUUGGGACAAAUAGAAAAGCAGAGCAGCUUUUGGAUAUGAUACCUCGAAUUGGUGUGAAAACUGAUGUCACCAUGUUGAUCAUGAUGGGGCAUGUAUAUGAACAGAAUGGAAGAAAAGAAGAGCUUAAAAAACUUAAGAGAUACAUUGAUGAAGCCCAUGAUUUGAGUAAUGUUCAGUUUAGAGAGUUUUAUAAUUGCUUGCUUUCUUGCCAUUUGAAAUUUGGGGAUUUAGAAUCUGCUUCUCAAAUGGUUCUUGAAAUGCUUAGGAAGGCAAAGAAAGCUCAAGAUUCUCUUGGUGUUGCUACUUUUAGAUUUGAAGCCAUGAAAGUUGACAAUACAAAUACAUCCAUCCAAUGUCCUCAAAUAGAGUCUCAAGAGAGUUUGACUUUGACUCCUGAAAAGACAAUGAUACCCCAGACUUUGGAUUAUGAAUAUUUUUUUGGAGAUAGAAAGUUUCUAAAACUUGAAGAAGAAGCAAAAGAACUACUUAACAUUUCAGUAAUGAAGUUUCAGAACAAAAAACAGUUGAUCACAACCAAACAUGGCAUUCUCCAACCAACAGACACAGUUUUUGUGAAACUAGUCAAAGGUUUCUUGGAAGCUAACAAGGUAAAAGAUUUAGUUCAAUUUCUAAUCAAGGUAGAGAAAGAGGAUUCCCCAGUUUCUCCUGAUUCUUCUCCUUUAAUUCAAGUUGUGAAUUCAUGCAUUUCUCUUGGAUGGUUAGAUCAUGCACAUGACCUGCUCGAUGAAAUGCGCCUGAGUGGUUUCAAAACCGGAUCUUCUGUUUAUUCAUCUCUUUUAAAAGCAUAUUGUAAAGAAAACAAAACACAAGAAGUAAAAUCACUCCUUAGAGAUGCACGUAAAGGUGGGGUCCAGCUAGAUGCUAGUUGCUACAAAGCACUCAUUGAAUCCCAUGUGGUUGAUGAAGACACUCAAGGAGCUUUAAAUCUUUUUAAAGAAAUGAAAGAAGCUAAACUAGACAACACUAGUCAACAUAGUCAACAUAAUCAACAAGAAUUUGAUAUGUUAAUUCAAGGAUGUGGAGGGAGUGGAGAAGCUAAACUAAUGGCAAAGCUUCUACAAGAAAUCAAAGAAGGACAAAAAGUCGAUUGUGGUGUUCAUGAUUGGAACAAUGUGAUUCAUUUCUUUUGUAGGAAGAAGAUGAUGCAAGAUGCUGAAAAGGCUCUGAAAAAGAUGAGGAGUUUAGGGUAUACACCAAAUGCUCAAACUUUUCAUUCUUUAGUGACUGGAUAUGCUGCUGUUGGAGGGAAGUAUACUGAGGUGACUGAACUUUGGGGUGAGAUGAAGGUUCUUGGAUUGUAUCAUGGCAUGAAGUUUGAUCAAGAGCUUUUGGAUUCUGUUCUUUAUACUUUUGUAAGAGGUGGAUUUUUUAUUCGGGCUAAUGAAGUUGUUGAGAUGAUGGAAAAAGGGAAAAUGUUUGUGGAUAAGUAUAAGUAUCGGAUGCUUUUUAUGAAGUAUCAUAAAACUUUCUGUAAAGGGAAGGCUCCUAAAUUUCAGACAGAGUCUCAGAUAAGUAGGAGGGAGGCUGCGUUGACUUUCAAGAAAUGGAUUGGGUUGUUUUGA